AUGUUAUAAUAAGGACAAGGUAGUACCAUUUAAGAUUUCAAUGUCCUCGAGAAACUAGGAGAAGGCUCCUUCUCUUCUGUGUACAAGGUAUAUAAGAUGAGUUUUUGUAGGUCUAAAGGAAAUCAGAUGGUCAAUAUUACGCUAUGAAAAAAGUCAAUAUAUCUUAACAAUCUUAUAAGGAGCGAGAGAACGCCUUAAAUGAAAUUCGUAUACUGGCUUCACUGGAUUCUCCUUAUAUCGUUGAAUUCAAGGACUCCUUUCUAGAUUCUGAAGGGAAAACGCUGUAUGUAAUAAUGGAAUUUGCAUCUGGCGGAGACCUAAAUAGUUUGUUGAAGCAAGGCAAGAUCAAAGGAGGAGUGGAAGAAGCUGAAAUAUGGAAAGUCUUAACUUAAAUAACUAUAGGAGUUAAAAUGUUGCAUGACAACAACAUCCUGCAUCGAGAUUUAAAAUUGGCGAAUGUCUUUAUCGGUAAAUCUCCGGAAGGAAACAUAUAUAAAAUCGGAGAUCUUAAUAUCAGCAAAGUCACUCAUGGAGCCAACGCUCGUACGUAAGCAGGAACCCCAUGUAUGAUAAUAAUCCUCAGCCUAAUUAGAUUAUGCAUCUCCUGAAGUAUGGAAGGGAGAGCAGUAUUCUUGGCCAUGCGAUAUCUGGUCUAUUGGUUGCAUCAUCUACGAAUUAGCAGCCUAGCAACCUCCAUUCAGAGCAGCCGAUCUUCAAUCUCUUAGCAGAAGAAUUCAGACUGGUGUUUAUGAUCCAAUUCCAGGCAAAUACAGCAAAGAUUUAUCUGAAGUCAUUAAGUUGCUGUUGCAAGUCAAUCCUCGUAGUAGACCUAGUUGUGACACCAUUCUCAAAAACCCUUUAGUUAUAAAAAAGAGUGGUGCUUUAUUAGUUGAGGAAGAAGUCGGAGGCAAGAAAAUGGCUAAGCUCUUGCAAACCAUUAAAUUGCCAUACAAUCUAAAAUAAUUGAAAGGCAAUCUUCCUAAAGCUAAUUAUGAGAAUAAAAUCAAAAGAUCAAAUUCACAAUCUGGAAUCAGAGUAAAUACUGAUAUCAGCCAAACUCCUUAACCUAUAAGAAAACAACCAGAAGAUAUAAAGCCUCCUUAGCAAAUGCAAAAACCACCCUAACCAUAAUCCUAAUAAGUCAACAAGCCUCCUCUUUUAAAACCUCCCAUGGCUCAACCACCAAAGCCAUAACAAGCUCAGACUCCUUAAUAACUAUAUAGCAAAGUAUAAUAAAAGGAAUAGAGAUUACUUGGACCCUAAUAGUAAUUAUUAAAAUUUAAUAUUAGAUAUUCCAAUGUUCCAUAUUAACAAUAAUAAUAGAUUACUCCAAGAGAUUCUUCUCCAAGACGAAGCUAAUAGCAGAAUUAAUACAAUUUGGUUGCUGGUAUGCCCUCUGGGAUGAGGAGACAAAAUAGUGCUGGCCCUAUUGGAAGAAGAUGA